AUGUCCACCUCCGAGGGCGCCUUGGACGGGCCGGGCACCACGGCUCGGGAUCUGGUGAGGGAGAUUGCCAAAGAUCGCGGCUAUCUAGGCGAAGACCAGCUCGCCGCCAUCGGAGCCAUCAACCCCAACCUCAGGCGUGAGGUUGAAGAGGCUCUUCUCCGAAAGGAUGAGAUGAUCGGUUCGGCUGUUUUGACAUUAGCGAGAAACCUCUACACAAGCAAUGCAAGAUUCGUCUUUGAACUGUUGCAGAAUGCCGAUGACAACAACUACAGUACCGCUAUAUCGCAAGGCGAAGAUCCUUAUGUUUCGUUCAAGAUUUGGCCCGACAAGGUGUCGAUUGAGUGCAAUGAGAAUGGCUUCACGCAUGAAAACCUAAGAGCCAUCUGCGCCAUCGGCAAGAGCUCCAAAGUCGGCGCAGCGGGCUACAUCGGUGAGAAGGGCAUCGGUUUCAAGUCUGUGUUUAUGGCCGCCUGGAAGGUUCACAUUCAGUCAAAUGACUUUUCCUUCUCUUUUACUCAUCGAAAGGGAGAUUCUGGACUUGGUAUGGUCACGCCUGUGUGGGAGGAGACGGAUGAGGUUCUUGGGGAGACUCUAACAAGGAUCACUUUGUUUCUUCACACGAGCGACGACCCUGAAGAAGAUGCCCGGCAACUGGAGACGAUCAAACUUCAGUUUCAAGACCUACAACAUACCAUCCUUCUCUUCCUCCGGAAGCUACGCAGAGUACAGGUCUCAUUCUUCGAUGAAGACGACAGCUUGACCUCGGCGACGACAUAUUCGCUCCACGGCAGCAACCCAGCAACAGUUCGAAAGACGAGUUCCGAAGGUGUGGAGGAGCGACGGUAUCACGUUACAAAGCACAUGGCCGAGAACAUUCCCAAGAGCGAAAACAGGACCUACUCGGAAGAAAGAGAUCGCGCCGAUUCAUCAGCAGAGGUUGUGUUAGCGUUCCCGUUGACGGAGUCUGCCACGCCUGUUGUUGAAAGCCAGGACGUCUUUGCCUUUUUGCCGAUGCGCCCAAUGGGUUUCAAGUUCCUCAUCCACACCGAUUUCGUCACCGAAGCAAGUCGACAAGGAUUAGUCGUCACGUCUCUCAGGAACCGCGCGCUUUUAACCGGAAUCGCAGACUGCUUCAUCAAGGCCAUCCAAGAGUUCUGCGACCACCCCACGCUUCAGUACCAAUGGAUGCGAUGGCUUCCCCAGCGCGACUCCUACCCGUGGGAUAGCUUUUGGUCGGGCCUGCUGGACAGAAUCGAGGAGCGCAUCCAAGAGGUCAAGAUUCUUCGCACACUCGGCACGGGGAAGCUUGACUACAUUCACAAGCUGUGUCGGCUGCAGCCGUGGUUGCGCGACAAGCAGGGAGAUCCCCUGUUUAUGGACAUGGACGAGGAGAUUUAUCUCUCCAAGGAGUACAAGACGGAAGACUUGGCUCUGUUGAAGCCGUAUGGAUUGGAGAAUGUCUCUGCUUGGGAUAUGAUUGUCCGCGUGGAAAAAGAUCUCCAAAAGCAGCCUGAGGCAUCACGAAUGAAGAACCCAGACACGGAUAACGAAUGGCAUUCACUCGCAGCAAGAGCCCUCGUCCUCCUAAAAGACACCGCGACCCUAAAAACGUCACAAGAUCGGAUCAAAGACCUCAAAUUCAUCCCCUUGGAAAACGGCGAGUGGGUUUCUGCCGGCAGUGGCCCUCUGUACUAUUCGCACUGCCCCGGACAACUGGCCAUCCCCGACGACCUCAACUUGAGCUUGGAUGUUCGGGGUCUGAUCCUGAAGAAGCCGGCUGUUGCUGUUGCAGAUGAGGCAGCUCUAUCAGCUUCCAUCAGCCACUUGAAGUUCUUGUACCUGUCGGAAGGCUUGCUGGAUGGAGACGAGUCUCAAAUAAGGCUUGACGGCUACUAUGUAUAUGAUCAGGACAUGAAAGCGUGCUCACCUUCAAGGCAGGACGUUUACCUUGCGACCGACGACGAAUACGGCCCAAGCAAACUCCUCAAGCCAAGCGCAGAGUCGACAGGCUUUACAGCACCCUUCCUACACGAAAAAUACUUUGACGAAGAACCAGCGACACCUCCGGGUUCCAAGUGGUCAUGGGUAUUGUGGAUGGAACACCGACUCUUCCUACGUCGACACCUGAGGCUUACUCAGAUGGGAGCUGGGCGAAAGCCGGAACUCUCUUCUGUGUUCCGAUUCAUUGAGCAGCACCGACCGGAGUGUCUUUUGGGCGCGUUACAGCAAGUAUGGGAAUUCGAGCAGGCGACUGUGACGGCAUCGCCGGAAAUCAUGAGGCAGUUGCAAGACAUGGAGGUCGUCUGCAAGGGCGGAGAUGAGUUUGCGCUGUCGGAACCGCUAUCGACGACUUACCUGCCCCUGCCUGAACUUGAAGGAAAGCAUCCCAUCACUAUGGGCACCUACCGGUCGAAAUGGGGAUUCCUGGUCGACUAUCUGGGCGUUGGUGACACCGACGAUCUCCAAUUCUACUUGAGCAUUCUCAAGACGAUUCGUUUCAGCAAUACAGCCGCAGGUGUUCGUCGCAAUUCCAGGAUCUUGGAUCUUUACGAGGUUAUCUACGGGCGCUGCCGUGAGGCUGACAGUUUCCUGAAUGCGCAAGCAGAGGCAAGGCAAGAGAUUACCGAUGGGAACCUGAUCUUUGUUCCGGGACACGACUCCAACCCUGCGACAUGGGCAUCUCCCGAAAAGUGUCUUUGGACUGCUCGAGAAGACAUGCAGACGGCGUACCCCCUGGAGCACCUCUACCAAGCACAGUUCGGGCGAUCCGGAGACGAGCUCGAUGUCUUGAGGCAGUUCUUCAAAACAACACUUGGUGUUCCUGACGCUUCGUGGAAUCACUACUUGGCUGAGAUACGGAAGUUGAAGAGUAUGGGAAGUGAGGAUUUUGACUGGAUCAACGACCUCUAUACUUCUCUGAAUGAUAUCAGGCGAACCCUUCCUGAGAUUGAUGCGUUGAAGCUCAAGAAAGCGUUUGCCGAAGAACCCUUGGUCUACGUCAACAUUGGAAACACGAGUCGCUGGUACACAGCUGGCGAAUGUCUUUGGUCCAGCGCUACCCAGAUUAGAGGGCGAGUGGCGCUGAAUGAUCUUUAUCCCGACUUGGAGGACUUCUUUGUGAGCUUUCUCGGCGUGCAAGAGCUGACGCUGGACAUGGCCUACGAUGAACUCAAAGAGAUGGGUGCAAGAGUGCCCUCUCCUUCAAUCACCGCAGUCAAGGAAACGAUAUGGGCGCUCAACUCUCUGUUGGUUUCGGCAGACGAUUUCCCUGAUGAGGAACCCAUCUUCAUCGGCAAGGUGUUUCCCGUAAAGUAUCCCAACGGAUCGGUCAAGUUGCAAACGGGCAGGACUCAGUUCGCUAUUACCGAUCGAAAAGCUCUCGGCGACAUUUUCGGUCCUCAAGCAAAGAUUCUCGACUUUUCGCUUGAUGAAGUUCGUCGCUUGAGACCGUUCCUCUCCUGGCUUGGGCUGGAGACGAGGUAUCUGUCCACCAUGGUUAGGGAGAUAUCGACUGUGGCAGGUGGGAGGAUGGAUAGACUGCAAUACCCUGAUCGUGACAUUCGGCAAAAGGCAGAUGGUCUCUACAGAAUCGCCGUGCACUUCAACAGUCCCCGCACAAUGGCCGACAACCAAGAACUCUACUGGGUUCUUUGCCGCACAGAAGUCUACGAAACAGACGGCAUCUCAUCAGAACUACAUCUUUCCCAAGACGGCCACGACCUAGUCCACGUCCAAGAGAGAAGCGAACUUCACCUGCGCGAAGACGACGAGACCCUCAAGGUCUAUGUUCCACGAGACCCCAAGACACAAGGCUUCUGCUACUUUUCGGCUCUUCCUCGACGGAUAAUGGAGUGGGUGAUGAUGGACCCUGCGACGUUUCAGACGAAGCCUGCUGGAUCACGGGCUAUUCAGGUUGUUACUUCUGUUUUGAAUGCGCCGAUUAUCAACAUGACGCAGAUUUUGGAGGCGGAGGGUAUUGUAGAGGUUGAGAUUCCAGAGGAGAUUGAAGAAGAGGAAGAAGAAGAGCCGGCCGUGGAAGUCGUGGAGGAAGAGGAAGACCCCGACGACACUAUCAGUCCCGAAGCUGAAGAGGAUCUCAUCGCUAGAUACCUAGCGCAGCCCGAGAUCCACGAACACGACAUCUCCAGCGAUGACGAAGACUCCGUAUUCCAUCAAUUCGCCGACAUGAGAUCUCCUCCCCGGUGGGGAGAUCUCCCCGUCCGCCAAAGAAGCCCCGCGACGUCAAAUUCAUCAAUCACCGGCCGAAGACUGUUUACACCAGCAUCUUCCACAACCGAACCUCCCCGCCAAAACCGCCGAACAUCAAACAACGCUCCUCAAACACCGAAUGUUAGCGCCAGCAGCAGGUUAACUAGCGGACAAGCACAGCCAAGACCAGCCACGCAACCUGCCUUUGUCUUUGGGUCUUCGCCUGCGGCACAGUCCACCACUUCAGCGUUCCAGUUUCAGGGUUUGGGUGGACGGCCUGAGGAGCCGACUAUUGAUGAUGAUGCAGAGUAUUUGAGGCUUGUCAACAAUGUCAUUUCGGCAGCCAGCACCGCGAGGUUCCCUAGCAAGGGCGCAUACGACAUGUCUGGUCUGUUUGGCGCCCUUCCGGAUGUUGAAGAAGACGAGGUUGAGCUCUCUCGACGAUUCCGUUCGCGCAAUCCUCUUGAACGCGAUAUGAAGAUCGGCGCCCUAGGAGAGCUAUUCGUGUUUGAACUCCUCUCCAAGAUGGAUCCCUCACUACCAAGAUUCAGCAGAGAAAACUGGCAAAGCCAAAUGCGCAAAUUCGUCACAGUCCACCCCAACUACUCCGACAUGCUACCAUGGACAGGAAGAGAAACAGCCGACAUUGUCUACUUUGAUCGAAAGCGCGCGUUGACGACGCAUCUCGUGGAUAAGGGUUAUCUCGAUCGGACGGCAUGGUUGACCAAGAAGCCGCUAUACAUGAUUGAAGUCAAGGCUACCACUGGACACUCGCGCACGCCGUUUUACAUGAGCAAGAGGCAAUACCAACGGAUGCAAGAGAACACCAACACGACGCUCUCGCCCAUGGUGUCGCCCAUCAUCUACCUCGUCGCCCGCGUCUCCAAUGUCGACAAACCAAAUGUAGAAGUCAAGCUAUACGUGGAUCCAGAGAAGCUACGGCAAGAAGGAUCGCUGGUAUUUACCGGAGAAACUUGGUCUGUUGUGCCAGGGCCGGGGGCGGGUUGA